CAUGUCAGUCACAGGUGAGGGUGUAGGGUUAGGAAAGUUUGAGUGAAAAGGGCCGGAGACUGAGGAGCGCCGGAGCUGAUGGCAGAGCCGUACGCCGGGGCAGCAUCGCGGACGAGGAAGGAACUUUUUCCUGCGGGGAUGAGAGUGCGCAACAACUCCAGAGGAGGAAAGUGAAGCGCCAGCUGAGCACAGCGGAGGGGCACAAACCGGAAAAUGUGAUUUGACAUCUAUGCCGCAAUUCCUCGACUUUUAGACCGAGCAAACCGACGCUCCCUUGAAGUAAAAAAAAUGGCCGUUCGGGGCAACGCGCUGAUGCCGUUCUCGAUCCAGGCAAUCCUGAACAAAAAGGACGACAGCAGGCACUUGCCAGAGUUAGGCAUGUGUCUGUCCAAGACGGCGUGCUGGAAAAUAAUUGGGGAAAUGAACGGAGACCCGAUGAGGACUGGUGGGGAGGCUUGUGAGCAGACCGAACAGAGGAGCUACGACUCGGAUUCUGGACUCAGCGACGACAACGACGGACAGACUCCUGCCGCGUGCAAAUCGGAGAAGGACGGAGAUCCUGCGUCGGAUGUUCCGGAUGAAAGCCUUCAGGAGGAGACGGACCAUGAGUCUGGCGCUGCGGACAACGUGAAGAGUGACAGUGACCCUAACAAUGGUACGGACUCGAGCAACCUGGACGAGAAAAGCGCGGACCAGCCCAAACAGCGGAAGAAGCGCUCCAGAGCCGCCUUCUCUCACGCGCAGGUCUUCGAGCUGGAGCGCCGCUUCAACCACCAGCGCUACCUUUCCGGACCCGAGCGCGCGGACCUGGCGGCCUCCCUCAAGCUCACAGAGACUCAGGUCAAGAUCUGGUUCCAGAACCGCCGGUACAAAACGAAACGCCGGCAGAUGGCGGCGGACCUGAUGGCGUCCACGCCGGCGGCGAAGAAGGUGGCGGUGAAGGUUUUGGUGAGGGACGACCAGAGACAGUACAGCCCGGGGGAGAUCCUGCGGCCGCCGCUGCUGUCCCUGCAGCCGUCCUACUAUUACCCUUACGCGUACUGCCUCCCGGCGUGGACACUGUCUGCAUGCGCGGGGAAUCAGUGAGAACUCCCAGACUAUAUUUAUUCUUUUUUUUGCUCAUUUCUGCGCCCAGGAACUUGGCUGACUUUUAUUUUCUUUCACCAAAACAAAAGAGGUGCAGCAGUUCUGACUGAACUUCCUGAUCCAGGAAAGAACUUCUCACAUUUUUCCA